CCCCUUUCGCAAAGGCACCCCCUCUACAUUAGUAAUUUAUUGGCACACUACUUGUCACCUUAACCUCAGUGUUGUUUCACCUGCCACGCCAGCCGAACUCCCUCUCACGCUUUUUCCAGUGCCAUCACAGGGGAUUCAUCAGAUUAUUGUAGUUAUAGGUGGAGUACGACGCUGAUACAGAGAGUAGUUUAAGGUGACGGAUUAGCUGCCGUGAAGGAAUGGAGAGUGCCGUGCAGUUGCCGCAGUACAUCUUCUUCGACCUCUCCGGCUCGCACCUCAGAUGCUUCUGCCCACCAGCUCCGGUCAUGGAGCACACCGGCGUACCGUACGACAGUCAGGUCGUCGGCUUGCAGGCGCUUCACCGGACACGGUUAUCGCGGGCCGGCGGCAGCAGCACCAUCGUCUCAGCUCGCCCGGCUAACCAGGUUGACAAGGCGAUGGUGCUCUGUGAUCGUGCUGCUCAAAUCGGCGACGACGAUGACGACCCCGACACCGUGUCGGACGCAGGCACGUCGGGCGUUGGGGUGGUGGAUGAGGAGGAGACGGCCGGCGACGACGAGGAGGACGAGGUGGCGAGCUUGGAUGAGCUCUUCUGCGACGAAAGAAUCGUGAGGAAGAUCGAUGCACUGGCGCAGCUGGUGGGCAUGGAUGGCGCCGCCUGCCAGCCCGCCGCUGUGCUGGGUGAAGUCGUCCGUUUGAUCCAGGAAACGGAGAGGAAGAAUGGGCGUUGCGUUUGUGCUUCUGGGGCCGUUCGAUCUUGAUCGGACCGUUAUGGGUUUUUUCUUGCUUAUUAUUUUUUUCUUGGCCUUUUUAGGGCUGUCACUAAUGUUUCUUUAGGUUGGUUUGGUUUGAGGCCUAUAUUGGCCUUACCAAUAUUUGGCAAUUUCAAUAGUGUUUAUUGUCUA